UGGUCGUGGUUUUGGUGCCGAUUUUAGGUCCGAGCUUAGGUGUUAAAUCAGUGGGCGGUUAUUAUUGAUCAAUAGUCGUGUUGUCAACAUCGAUCGAUCAUGUCAGGCAAACCCCUAGAUUUUUACUUCACCUACUUGAGGUUAAAAUAUCUCAAGCAGGCGACGACCUAAGGCUAAAUCUUUAAAUGCAAGUAGGUCACACUCACACAUCUGAUCUUCUCUCUUAAUAGCUAAGCAAAGAUUCAUUUCUCUAUUUCUUCCAUCUCCUUACAAAACUCUCUCUCUCUUUCUCUAUUGAAUAAUUUUCACUGCUCUGUUUUGUCUCUCUGUCUCUCUAUUGAAUAAGCUCCAUUACUCUGUUUUCUUCUUCCUCUUUCUAUUGAAUAAGCUCCAUUACUCUGUUUUUUUCUUCUUUGUAUUAUAUCUCAACUGAAUAACCCUCCACUGCUCUGUUCUCUUCCUGUUAUAUUCGGAAGGCUUAAUCUUUUUUGGCGUUCUUGAAGAAAAAUGGCAUCUUAUAGAUCCCAACCUGUGGGCUGCACACUCUCGCCGUGUCCCUAUCUCGGUAACUUCGUCGAACGGAUUAAAGACGCAUGUCGUUUCCUCGUCUCAGCUGUUCUAGGCACAGUUCUCUCGGCCAUCUUGACCUUCUUCUUCGCUCUAGUGGGCACAUUGCUUGGAGCAGUCACAGGAGCCUUAAUAGGCCAAGAAACAGAGAGUGGUUUCAUACGUGGAGCAGCGGUUGGAGCCAUCUCAGGAGCUGUUUUCUCCAUCGAAGUCUUCGAAUCAUCUCUUCUUCUCUGGAAAUCUAAUGAAUCGCGUUUCGGAUGCCUCCUCUACUUGAUUGAUGUCAUUGUCAGUCUUAUAAGCGGUAGACUUGUACGAGAACGCAUUGGUCCAGCAAUGCUAAGCGCGGUUCAAAGUCAGAUGGGAGCUGCGGAUGCAACUUUCGAUGAUCUUUCGAGCAUCUUCGACACGGGUGGCUCGAAAGGAUUAACAGUAGAUGCGGUUGAUAAAAUACCCAAAAUCAUAAUCACCGGGAGAAACAGCUUAGAUGCUUCUGGGAACAAAGACUCGUGUUCUGUCUGUCUUCAAGAUUUUCAGCUCGGUGAAACCGUGAGAAGCUUGCCACAUUGUCAUCACAUGUUCCACUUGCCUUGUAUAGACAAUUGGCUUCUCAGACACGGAUCUUGUCCAAUGUGUAGACGUGAUUUGUAAACCUCUCUCCCUUUUCUUACCAUUUUGCACAGUCUCUCUUUUCUAUAUGGCCGUGUUAGUCUUUUUUUUAUAUGUACAAACAAAAUGGAAAAGAAAAUAAGUUUUGAAAUUCGACCAAAUUCAUUUAAUAGAUUGUGUUGGCCUCACCAAACUUUUGAGUUUUUUUUGUCAACAUUCUUUAGUUGUGCGUGAAGUAAAGAAAUUGAAUUCUACGUGUGAAAGAUAGUAUCUUGCCAAAUCAUGUUUCUUGAUUAGGUUUGUUAAUUAGCUCUCUGACAUUUAACCAAACAUCAUUACUCACCUAACACGUAAUUGCAGAGACUUCUCUAGAGUUUGUUGUGAUUACAGUACAAAGCAACACAAUGAUUUAAAAGAUGUCAAAGUCUGUUUGGUUUAUAAAGAUCAGGAAUCCUGUGAAAAACCCUGUUUCUAUUUUUUUUUCAGUUUUGUGGAUUUAGUUAAACUCUGUCUCUACUCCUACAGGGACAAACUCUUCCCAGACACUAGAUCUUGCUCGCUUUGAGUGACUAAGAGUUUCAGCUGAUUGAGUAGGAUGAGUUUCACUUUGUGCUUGUCCUUGCGUUUCUGCUUCAUCCUCAUCAUCAAUCUCCAUCCGCUCAUUCUCAGCAUUAAGAACUGCUAUUGUUUCAAGUGUCUGUGAAUCCAUUCUGCAAAACCAGUCAAAGACUCAGAGAAGCUCGUUGAGUCGUUUCCACGGCUCGCUACGCAGGGAGUUGGUUCAAUAAGAAAGGGUGAGCUGUGAUGUGAGUAUUUGUAUGGUUUCUUAAUGAAGAAGAAAGGGAAUGAAGAUUCUCCUCUUUUGUUCUAUGAAUCGUGAUUUUGCAGAGUAGAGAACAUAUACAUGUACAUGUAUAUGUUCUGAUUUUGAGAUCUGAGAUUUGUGACUGGCCACGGGAAAAACAAAAAAAAUUAGGGUAAAGAGAAACCAAUAAAACGAUGUCGACAAUGUCGUUUCA